AUGUUAGCGCAAGAUGAUGUUUGUUGGCAUGGUCCAGACUGGUUGUUUAACCCAGAUCUAUGCCUUGACAACACAGUGAACAGUGAAUUCAAAGAAGUUGAAGUAGCAAACGAACUAAAGAAGGACUAUGUUCCAGCGAGCAACCUAGUAAUGACUGUAACCAGAACUAAUUGUGAUGAUUUUCUCGGCAAACUUCUCAAAAUCACAAAUGACUAUGUAAAACUUAUUCGUAUUAUUUCAUAUAUUUUUAGAUUUUCAGCUAAUUGCAGGUACCCUCAGUCAAGGACUGCGGGGCCCAUUACGGCUGGUGAAAGGAUUCAGACAGAAAACCAAUUAAUCCGAAUGGUUCAACGUGGUAAGUUUAAGGAGGAAAUUAGAGAUUUGAAAAGAGGUAAGAAUGUUUCAAAGAAAAGUAAACUGUCAACCUUAAAUGUGUUUUUGGACGAAAAUGAUAUUUUAAGAGUGGGAGGCAGGUUAAAAAAUUCCAAAUUAAAUGUUUAUUCAAAAUAUCCUAUUGUGUUACCAUCGAAUCAUAUUUUUACUUACAAUAUUUUAGUGCAUUAUCACAAGAAGUAUUUACAUUUGGGAGCACAAGCUUUGUUGUAUCAAGUACGUCAGAAAUUUUGGCCAAUAAAUGGUAAACAUAAUUGUAAAAAGGUGAUAUUUAAUUGCAUUGCUUGUGUGAAAAACAAACCUGUUUUAACAUCCCAAUUAAUGGGUGAUUUACCAGCUGAUCGCGUAACCCCUAAACAUGUAUUCAACAUUGCUGGUAUUGAUUUUGCUGGCCCAUUCUUCUUAAAAUUCAAAAAUCAGAGAAAAGGUAUAUUGAACAAAGUUUAUGUUGUAAUUUAUGUGUGCUUAUGUACUAAAGCCUUGCAUCUUGAUUUCGUAACUGAUCAAACAUUUGUCUGUUUUAUUGCAAGUUUAAAGCGUUUCUUUGGAAGGAGAGGUAAAUGUGCAAAAAUUCUCACUGACAAUUCCAAAACAUUUGUCGGUGCAAACAAAGAACUUAAAAGGCUGUAUAAUCUUGUCAACUCUCCUGAUCAAUGUUUAAGUGAAUUUUUAAUUUCAGAAUCUAUUGAAUGGAAGUUCAUUCCACCUAAAUCACCGAAUUUUGGAGGUAUUUGGGAAACCGGAGUAAAAUCCUUUAAAUUCCAUUUAAAACGCGUACUGGGAAAUCAAAAACUAACUCUGGAAGAAUUUCUAACAAUUUUGGCUGAAAUUGAAGGCGUCCUAAAUUCUAGGUCCCUUACUCCGCUAUCUCCAGAAUUCGACGAUUUUGAAACUUUGUCACCUGGUCAUUUUUUGAUUGGCAGACCAAUUAAUGGAAUUGCCGAACCAUUGUUAAUUAACUUAAAUGAAAAUCGAUUAUCAAAAUGGCAAAAAAUUACAAAAUUUUCUCAAAGUAUAUGGAAAAUAUGGAAACGUGAUCAUCUUUGCAGUUUACAACAGCGUUACAAAUGGAAAUUCAAUGAGAAUAAUGUAAAACUCGGAACACUUGUUCUGAUAAAAAAUGAAAAUUUACCUGGAACAAAGUGGUUGCUAGGAAGAAUUACUGACGUUUUCCACGGUAAUGACAACCAAAUUAGAGUAGUCAAUAUUAAAUUACCAAAUGGCAAUAUAAUAAAACGAAUUGUUCGUGAUGUAGCUAUUUUACCCUCUGGAAAUGAAGUGUAUUAA